GUGCAAUUGUAAGAUGACUGAUGGAAAGGGACAGCACUACUUCAGGCCAAAGCUUUGUACACCGGGACGUCAAAAGCAAAAAGAACCAUCACAAAUGGCGGAACCGCCGAAAAAGGUUCAGGAAGGUUCAGCCGCCAAGGGAACACGACCUGAUGGUGCAGCCAGUCAUCCAUUAGACGGCACUGAAGCGCACGCUUCCAAUCCUGCAGAUUCGACACUUCCACCUGAGACCGGAUCGCAGCAAUCGCUAUUCUCGCUUUGGGAUGCUUAUCCUACCUUGUCUUCUGUCUCGCAGGAUCCAAACGGCGUGCCACGGUUUGGUGGACUAUUCGCAUGUUCUGACGAUCCAUUGUCGAUAUAUUACCAAUGUCCAGCGUCUGAUGAUCCUAACGCACCUCAGCAAUACCUAUACACGGGCCACUUUUCAGGAGACCCCAAUACAUUCUAUGGACAGCCGGAAUGUGGACCAUCGACAAGUUGUCCUCCAAAUGGACCUCCAUGGCAGAAACGCCAUGAAUCAAAGCGCGAUGUGGGCGAUUCUGGCAGUGUCUGUGCUCUUCAAGCCCGUGGUGACCGCGCACAGCGCCCUGCUCCUUUUGUUUGAUGGCCGUGUUCAAGUCUCACAUGGUGUUGUUCUGUCUUUGCAACUGAGCCAAAAGGUGAUGUACGCAGCAAAUCUGAAAACUAUGUUUGUAGUUGCGAUUUGAUAUGAAUUCGAAGCUUCAAUCACGUAUUGAUUGAGAUCUCCGUUGACGACGAGACCCUCAGCAUUACUAUCUAUCAUGACUACUGAGAAAUAUUCAACGAGCUCAACUAGCAGCGCCCUCCAGUGACCUGAGC